GUUAUUUCCUGCAGCAGCCAGCAACCUCUCCGCUACUAGCCCCUGCCUGCCUCCCUGCCUGCCUCCCUCCGACAGCACAGCAGUGGUGUGGUCGCUGUGAACGCACAUUAACGGGAAGAAAAAGCCCUCCACACGUAGUGAAGGCCUCUGCCACACUGAAAGCCCGGUUUCAGCCAACAGCGACGACGGAUAUAAACACACAUAUACACAUUUUCCGGUCUUAGUAGCUCUUUUUUUUAUUUGUUAGCGUUGUUUAAAAAAAAAAAAAAAAAGGAAAGAAAAAAAGAAGGCAGUCCUCAUAAUGGCGACAGCUGCGGUGUCUGCCCUUGCUGGCUGCGGCCCCAGCCCCGGGUCGGGAGCAGAGCUGGUCCGCGGGCAGGCCUUCGACGUCGGGCCUCGGUACAGCAACCUCUCCUACAUCGGGGAAGGAGCCUACGGGAUGGUGUGCUCUGCCUAUGAUCGGGACAACAAGAUACGUGUGGCCAUUAAGAAGAUCAGCCCCUUUGAGCACCAGACGUAUUGCCAACGCACCCUGAGAGAGAUAAAAAUCCUUCUGCGCUUCAAACAUGAGAACAUCAUCGGAAUCAACGACAUCAUCCGAACACCAACCAUUGACCAGAUGAAGGAUGUAUAUAUUGUCCAGGAUCUCAUGGAGACAGACCUGUACAAGCUCCUGAAAACUCAACACCUGAGCAACGACCACAUCUGCUACUUCCUCUACCAGAUCCUACGAGGGCUCAAGUACAUCCACUCUGCCAACGUCCUGCACCGUGACCUGAAGCCUUCCAACCUCCUGCUCAACACCACCUGUGAUCUCAAGAUCUGUGAUUUUGGUUUGGCUCGUGUGGCUGAUCCCGACCAUGAUCACACUGGUUUCCUAACAGAGUAUGUAGCCACUCGUUGGUACCGAGCACCUGAGAUCAUGCUCAACUCCAAGGGCUAUACCAAGUCCAUAGACAUCUGGUCAGUGGGUUGCAUCCUGGCUGAGAUGUUGUCCAACAGGCCAAUCUUUCCCGGGAAGCACUACUUGGAUCAGCUUAACCACAUUUUGGGGAUCCUGGGUUCUCCCUCUCAGGAAGAUCUCAACUGCAUCAUCAACAUUAAGGCCAGGAACUAUCUUUUGUCGCUGCCUUUGCGCUGCAAAGUGCCGUGGAACCGCCUCUUCCCCAACGCUGAUCCCAAAGCUCUGGACUUGUUGGACAAGAUGUUGACCUUUAACCCUCACAAGAGAAUUGAGGUGGAGGAGGCCCUGGCGCACCCCUACCUGGAGCAAUAUUACGACCCCACAGAUGAGCCGGUUGCUGAGGCCCCAUUCAAGUUUGACAUGGAGCUGGAUGACCUACCCAAAGAAACACUGAAGGAGCUCAUCUUUGAAGAAACUGCACGUUUCCAGCCCGCCUUUAGGUCCUAACAUCUCACACAGAUGAUUCUGUGGACUGGCUUCUGCAUUGCCACUGCUCCUCCUCGCCUCCACACUGUUGCUGUGAUGGUUUUUUUGGUUUUGUUUUUUUAUUUUCCUCUCCUGUUGACCACAUCACCUGGAUUCCUUGGGUCUCACUCGUCAAGUCCACUUUGCUCAGGAAUGGCGUCAGGAAUCAAUCAAUCAAUCAAUCAAUCAAUCAAUCAUCCUCUAUCUUUCUUUCUAUUACCCUUUUUUUUUCUCUCUCUCUGAGGCGAGGGGGAGGGGGGGUCACAUCACAGUUUAUGGUUUGGGGGUGAUUUUGUGUUUUAAGCCAAGAUAAACAAUUUUUUUUGUGUGUCUCAAAAGGCGUUUGGCUCUGGCUAUUUCCUAUUCAAGACCUUUUAUGUCCAGUUGAAUGACAGUGAUAGACUAGCUGUUGUGUUUUUGGGUGCAGCUGUCGUGGUUAUAACUCUGCCUACAUUGCACAAACAAUGGUAGAUUACUUUUAAGAAUCAUCCAUCAUAAAGGUCUUUUGAAUUUUCUAACCUUUUGUCGCACUGUUACAAGGGACACCUUGAUCUCUAUCUCUCUUUUUUUCUCUCUUUAUCUCUUUUGAAAAAAGAAAAACCUGAAUUAAAUAAACUGAUUUAUGCAAUGAAAUCACAUAAUCAGCCAGAGACUUUGCAGGCCACAAGCCAUCACUUGGUGUUGAUGAGGAUCUAUAUUUUAACAAAGACCUUGUAUUUCCUUAACACACACACACACACACACACACACACACACACACACACACACCCAAAUGCACACACACGCGCAUAGUCCCAAAUGCAAAUAUAUAUAAAUAUAUAAUAUAUAUAUAUAUAUAUAUAUAUAUAUAGCCCAAAGAGUCUUAAGAAUAUUUCAAUUGCAAGGGUGACUAUAGAAGAUGAAUCAGAUACAUUUAUAAUCUUUUUUUUUUUUUCUUUUAAUUAAAAACUAAAAAUGCCCGUUUUCAUUUCUCAUUGGCUUCAGUAAGAUGUCAGGUUGUGUAUGAAUGCACCAAAUUACAGGUGCAUUGAACAGUUUUCGCCAUCAAUUUCUGCCUUAGCCAUGAGAAACUAAAGGAAAAGUCUGUUUAUUUCAUACAAGUCUGUAUGUACAGUAUGAUAUUUUUCAUAUGGGGGAAAAAUUUACUGCGUCAGGACAAGAAUUCAGUUAUCACCACUCGUUUCAUGUGGAGGAGAUGUUGUCAUGCCUCCCUUUUCGUCCUGUUUCAUGUUUUUCUUUUUCUACUUCAGUCUCUGUUAAUCUCUCUUUCGCCUUGUUAGAAUAAUACUGUGCCCUUUGCAUGACUGUUAUAAGCUCUGUAUACAAAGACGAUGAUGUUAAGUGCCACACAAACUGGGCAGAUCCGCUGGGAGAGUGCUCAGGCUCUUUCUGUUCUACCUUUUUGUGGUAUAUCACACUUCCCAAUCACAUGGUGCUUUUUGUCCUGUUUCUUUCUUUUGCUUCAGCAUUCUCUUCGUCUGUUUUCAUUUUGUCUCCAUUGGUGUUAAAGUCUACAGACUUCGAUCUCCUUGUUUUUAGCCAAACUCCAUCUGCAUGCUAAGAGGUCUUGUUAUGGUUGCAAAUAGGAGAAUAACCAUAUAUCUGUAUUUAUAUCACAAAAAACACCAAACAUGUUUUUUCCUGGGCCUGAGAAAUGGGAUCCAGGCGUGAUGCAGUUGAAAUAAUACUCAAAUGUAACAGAUCAUGUUUUACUUUACAUCCUUUGGAACAUUUUUUGCUACAAAUUGCACAUUAUCACGCCGAUGAUAGUUGGCAGUGUCAGUACCAGCAGACAGCUGCAGUAGAAUUUUUAAAAAGUACCAUAUUUUCACUUCUUGUCAGUAACCACUGAUUUAAGACUGUUUAAUUCACUCUCUAUGAGACUCUAUUUCAAGCAAAAGGAAUUAUGACUUUAAAGAUUAUAUUUGUGCAAACUUUGAGAAAAAAACAAGCCAGAAGCACCGAGGCUUCAUCAACCAACCGUGUCAUUUUAGUUCAGUAUCACUGCACCGUCUAACGGCUAUCUUUUCUGUUUGUUUACAAGUGGGCCUCAGUUAUAUUACACCUAGCCUUUUCUGUUCGGUUACAGUACUGCAACUUCAAAAGAAAAGCUCAUUUGAUAAUGUGUGAGUGACCUAAUGAAUGAAACAAAGUAGUAUUAUUUAAAACACUAAAGCAUCUCAAAGCAGAUUAAUCAGAAGGCAAAAUCUUACCUGAAUGAAUUCUUCAAGAAUCUUUCUCCACUGGCACUUAAAGUGAUACAUUAGAGGCUUCAGAGGCUUCAACCUAAAAUUAGACCAUUUCAGGAGUAUCAAGCUGCUUUGGCAGAUUUUUAUUUUUAUUUUUAUUUUUAUUCGUUCCAAUGACGACAACGAUGUAUGUGAUCUGUGACAAAAGUAUUAGACGAGCUGUAAACUCAUGAUUUUUACCUUUCUGUCGAAGCUAAACUCAACUUUUGAUUGGUAUUUACAUUUGCAUACAUGUCAAAAAGCAAGUUUGAGUUGAGCAUUUCUGAGGGCAGAGCUGCUCCGGUCGAAUUAAAUCCCAGUGGACAGAGCCAAAGAACCACAGUUUUACUUCGUGUUUUUCUUUUCUUCUGGCUGAAUAAUGUCAGACUGAAACUGAGGGGAAAAGUAGGGGCUAAGAGAGGAUGCUAACGCUCUGCUGAAAUUCACUCAAGCCAUAAUCAGUCAGUCAGUCAGUCUGUUGCACCUCUGACCACGCCCAACAGCGAUGUCACGACGUACUGACACACCCUGGAGUACACUCCUACAUCACUGCAGCCAGAUUAGAAGUUAAAAGCACUGGAUGUAAAGCAAGACUUUCAGAUGUUGUUAAAUUGCUGAUCAAUACAUAUUAUUCUGUAAUCAAGUAAGAUAACUAGCCUGCAACAAAUGUGUCUUGUGGAAUAUUUUACAGGUCUGUAAAUUCUUAAUAUUCCUAGGUAAAUUAUGUAAUAUGGUACUAACUACAGGUUAACCAUUGACAGUGUUUAGUAGGGCUACAAUGAUUAUUUCCAUCAUCGUUUUAAUUAAUGGAUUCUUUUUGGGAUAAAUUGUAUGGUCUAAAGAAAAAGUUCCCAGAGCUUUCAGAUAAUCUUUUUUUAUCCCACCAACAGUCCAAAAACACAGAGAUACUAAGUUAACAAUGAUAUGAAAGAGAGUAAAAUAGCAAAUAUUUAGAAUCUUACUGUGAUACAUGUCUUAAACAGUGAACCCUAUCAAAAUUAUUAACGAUGUAGAAAUAUUAGGAGAUAACAGAACUGUAAAAAGAAGGUGCUACCAGAAAAAAAUGACCAGAAAGUUAUACAAAGUUAUAUUAGAAAAAUUACACUUUUGAUGAGAGUUCCCUCUCUUCACCCCCAAAAAUGGUUUUGUUGGUUCUGUCGACAGAGAUUUAACUUAUCUGAUUACAUUUGGAAAAAAAAAGAAAAAUGUUUAUGACCAAAACUUCAUUGCAGAAAUGACAGUUUUUUGCACUCACAAAUUUCACCUGAGCAGACGUUUAACGUGAGGUAAAGACUCGUCUGUCCCAGUACUCCUCACACCCGCUGUGUACACCCAUCUGUCACACGAUUAUUAAAUGCACUUGCUUCUACAGUAGUUGGGAUGGGACUUGUAAUCCGAGGUGCCUGCCGGGACUUGACUUACCUGUAGAUAGUCUUUUUGGGGGGUUUAGUUAGAACAUUAAGGGCACUGGAAACCUUACUGGGAUUAGUUGUAUAAAAAAAAGCUUCUGCUGAGUUCUUUGUGCAACCUGUCUGUUUGUGCCUUUUUUGAUAGUCUUGAUAUCCAAGAUUUGAUGUGCAGCUUUUGUUUAGUCGGGAAUCCGUUGUAAUCGCAGUAUAUGCUCUUAAAAAUGAACACAAUCAAGUCAAGGGAUGGGAGGGAUCACGGGUGGGUAUCCUUAUCUUUCAGUUAUGUAAAUUUAAAAAAAGAUUUGUUGCCACAGCUGUGUGAUUUGUGACUGUAUUGAAAAGAUGAAAAGCAAACAUUUAUAUUUUUGCGUUACCCUUUUUCCUUGAGCCUAUUUUUUUGUUUUUGUGCAGAUAUUUUUAUUGUAAAAUGAAUGUUAUGUUUCUAUCAGACACUAAUCUUGUUUGAGUUGUCUCCAGUGGAAAUACUUCACUCUGUAUGUUUUGAUCAGUAUAAACCUUUAAUUGUGUAGUUAACAUUUCUGAAAGAGGAAAAAAAAAAAAUAAGAUUCUUGGUUGUAUUUUAAAGGCUCCUGUUUGACCUGCCAUAGAAAUUGUUUGAGUUGAUCGGUCAGUUUUAUUUUGCUGUCGUGUGAAGGAUUUGACUUGAACGAAGCAUUUCUUUGCUAUUAUUAAAGACUGACUGCCACUUUGAAAUCUGUUUUUUAAUGUUUCUUUUUUCUUUUCUUUUUUUUUGCAACUCUGCCAUUACAUUUAAAUAGACAUUCAUUAAAAACACUGUACCUUCA